AGAUUAAGUAGCAGUAUAGUGUUCUGUUAUCAUAAACGUAGGUUAUGUUCCAUGUAAAGAAAAUUAGUGGGAGAAUAAUAGAGUGGAGGGCCUGGUCCUGAGCUCUUGCAGUGAACAGGUUUGUGGUGGAAUGGAAAAAGACCUGAAUCUGUUCACAUAGAUGUUUUAUGCUAUGACAAUCAUUAUUGAAAUAGAGUGUGAAAUCUAGAUAUUCCAGUUUGGAUCAAGUUGGCAGCCAGAUCCUUAUACUUUGCCCUUGAGGAGCAGCUCUUACUAGCGGCGGUGACAGAGCCUGUGGCUUGGAAAAGGACAGAUGGCUUUGAGCCCAGGUUGGAGGACACUGGCACUGUGUCCAGGAAACUACUGUGGUGUCUUUCAGAAGGCUGUGAGAAGCAGCGGUCUCUCUCUGUUUCCCUGGGGCCACUGUCCCCGGAGAGGGAAUGGGAGCUUUCUGGACCCUGAGAUGAAGGCCUUCUUGGAGGAGAACACUGAAGUCACCAGCAGUGGCAGCCUCACCCCUGAGAUCCGGUUGCGACUUUUGACCCCCAGAUGCAAGUUUUGGUGGGAAAGAGCUGACCUGUGGCCCCACAGCGAUCCUUACUGGGCGAUCUACUGGCCAGGAGGCCAAGCCCUGUCUAGGUAUCUUUUGGAUAAUCCUGAUGUUGUCAGAGGAAAAUCUGUGUUAGAUCUCGGGAGUGGAUGCGGAGCUACGGCUAUCGCUGCUAAGAUGAGUGGGGCAUCGAGGAUCUUGGCCAAUGACAUAGACCCUAUUGCAGGAAUGGCUAUCACACUAAAUUGUGAAUUGAACCAACUGAAACCUGUUCCCAUUUUAACCAAAAACAUUUUGGAUUUGGAACAAGAUAAAUGGGACCUUAUUGUGCUUGGAGAUAUGUUUUAUGAUGAAGACCUUGCAGAUAGUCUUCAUCGAUGGCUGAAGGAUUGCUUUUGGACUCACAAAACUCGAGUACUGAUUGGUGACCCAGGCCGGCCCCAGUUCAGAGGACACAGCAUUCAGCAUCAGCUGCACAAAGUGGUAGAAUAUUCACUUCCAGAACCUACUAGGCAGGAAAACAAUGGACUGACAACAAGCGCCGUGUGGGAUUUCCAGCCCUGAAUUGUCAAAACGCUUCCAAGUAUGGAUAUACCUAUGUUUGAAGAAUGCAGUUCCUGUGAAAUGGCAAAUCUUGUUUCCAAAAUAUGAAGAUUUAGACUUUUGUCAUGUAACUAGUUCUGCAUUAUGCCAAAUAUACAAUUUUUUAUCUGUAAUUUUUUUCUAGUUUUACUGCUAUUGGAAUAUAAUUAUAGAAGGCGUAAGUGGUAGCAAUAAGUAAAUUGGGGAGAGAAUUAGAUAUUGUAGCUGAGUCGGUUUCUGUAGUUGAGGACAACUAUGUGAUGUGUUGAAUUAAACAAACAAAAAUAUAAAAUAUAGAAGACUAUAGUAUUUAGUACAUAAUAGGGUCUUAAUGGACAACCAGGGACAAAAAUAAAGAUUUUAGAAUUUCCAACAUA